UGUCCCUGCGAUAAUAUUUUUUUAGCUUGGAAAAUGUCUCGUUAACGUGUAUACAAACUCUGUUACAUAAGCACUUUGUAAUUGUUCUGAUUUCUAGUGAACUGCAGACACAACACUGCAACAAUGGAAUGCUAUCUUCCAUACAAGGUCAUCUCUCUCUUCCUUCUCCUUUCAACUGCUUUGUCAGCUUCGAUAGGGGAUGAUCGUGGGACCUACAUCAUCCACAUGGACAAAUCAGCUAUGCCCACUCCCUUCUCAGAUCAUGAUAAUUGGUACACGUCGAUGCUUUCGUCCCUGUCAUCGUCCGAUCAUGGCGUUUUCCCAACCCAUCUCUACACCUACAACCAUGUGUUGGAUGGUUUCAGUGCAGUGCUAUCUCGGUCUCAACUAGAUCAGUUAGAGAAGAUGCCUGGCCAUAUUGCCACAUACCCUGAGACCUCUGGAAAGCUUCACACUACACAUACACCAGAGUUUCUUGGCCUGAAAAAGAGUGCUGGCUUGUGGCCUCAAGCCAAUUUUGGUGAUGACAUGAUUAUUGGUAUAAUCGACAGUGGCAUCUGGCCAGAAAGUGAGAGUUUCAGAGAUGAUGGCAUGACCCCGGUGCCAGAGAGAUGGCGCGGGACAUGUGAGUCGGGAGUUAAAUUCAACUCUUCUUAUUGUAACAAAAAACUCAUUGGAGCUCGCUCUUUCAGUAAAGGGAUGAAGCAACAAGGGCUAAACAUAUCAAGAACUGAUGACUACGACUCUCCGAGGGACUUCUUUGGACAUGGGACUCACACAUCGUCAACUGCUGCUGGGAGCCCAGUACAAGGUGCCAAUUACUUUGGUUAUGCAGAAGGAACAGCAACUGGGGUUGCACCAAAAGCCCGGCUUGCCAUGUACAAGGUUGGAUUCCUCAACAGCACCUUCAAGUCUUUUGCCACUGACACUUUAGCCGGCAUGGACCAAGCCAUAGCUGAUGGAGUAGAUCUCAUGUCAUUAUCAUUGGGAUUCAGAGAGACGCCUUUUGAUGAAAACACUAUUGCAGUGGGAGCUUUUGCAGCCAUGGAGAAAGGGAUUUUUGUUGUUUGUUCAGCUGGCAACAGUGGUCCUGAUGGUUUCACUAUACUCAAUGGAGCUCCUUGGAUCACAACUGUUGGUGCUGGGACAAUCGAUCGCGAUUAUGCAGCUAAGGUGACGCUUGGUGAUGAGGUCCUCACUGUUAGUGGAAAAUCUGUCUACCCAUUAGACUUGUUAGUGUCUCGCGAUCCAAUAUACUUUGGCCAAGGGAAUAGAAGCAAAGAACUCUGCGAAGACUAUGCUCUUGACCCAAAAGAUGUUGCAGGGAAGUUUGUAUUUUGUGACUUCAUCAAUGAAAGUGCAGCAGUCAAUGUGUUUGAAAUAGAAAGGUCAGGAGCUGCUGGUGCAAUCUUUAGUACUGCCUUCCAAAACUUUCUUCGGCCACGCGAUUUCAAUUUGCCAUAUGUGGCAGUAACCCAAAAACACGGAGAUUUGAUCAAAGACUACCUAAUCAAGACGGAGAAUGCAACUGUUAGCAUCAAGUUCAAGAUAACAGUGUUGGGUACCAAGCCUGCCCCUAUUGUGGCGUGGUUCUCAUCACGAGGGCCAGAUCGCAUGUCUCCAUGGAUACUAAAGCCUGAUAUUUUAGCUCCUGGGGUUGAUAUUUUAGCUGCAUGGGUACCCAAUAGAGGAGCUGCACCUAUAGGAGACGACUAUUUGCUUAGCGAUUUUAAACUCCUCUCUGGCACUUCUAUGGCUUCUCCCCAUGCAGUUGGUGUAGCGGCGCUUCUAAAAACGCUCCACAAGGACUGGAGCCCAGCUGCCAUCCGAUCAGCCAUGAUGACUACCGCUUAUGUGAUUGAUAAUGCCAAUGGCCCCAUCAUUGACAUGACCACUGGAGUUGCUGGGACUCCACUUGAUUAUGGGGCAGGACAUAUUAACCCUGAAAAGGCCAUGGAUCCUGGUCUUGUUUAUGAUAUAGAGGUUCAGGAUUAUAUCAAUUACUUGUGUGGAAUGAACUACACGAGCAAACAGAUUAAGAUCAUCACCAAAAGGUCGAAUUUCAGCUGUGAUCAAGCCAGUCUUGACCUUAAUUAUCCAUCUUUUAUUGUUAUCCUCAACGACACCAACACUAUGAGUUACACCUUUAACCGGGUAUUAACAAAUGUUGUAGAUAGUUCCUCUACUUAUCGUGCAGUGGUGAAGGUUCCGUCAGGGAUGGAAGUGGUUGUGCAGCCCCUGGUGGUAUCCUUUGCUGGAAAGUACAGCAAAGCCGAGUUCAGUAUAACGAUAAAAGUGACUGUUGAAGAUGCUAAUCCACAGAGUGAUUCCCUAGUGAAUUAUGGGUAUUUAAGCUGGAAUGAUGUUAACGGGACUCGUAUGGUGAGAAGUCCUAUUGUUGCUGCCUAUGCACCUUAAGUAAGUGGUACAUAUUGCUGAUUGAACGUUUGUAUGGGUAUUUCUGAAAUAAUGUUAAGGACACUCAUGUCCACAUAAUUGUUUAUUUAAGAGGUAUAUAUAAUCAAUUAUUGUUCCAAGACCUA